GUCAAAGAAUUGACCUUGGACGAUGAUGAGUUCAGUGUUCUGCUGUCUUUACUAAGGGACAUUAUCGAAUGGAAAGUGGGAAAUUCCAAGCCUAUUUGUAACCUGAUUUUAAGCAAGAAAUUCUGGCUACUUUCACCGUCAACAUCAUUGUCAUCAUCACCGCCAUCAUCAUCAUCAUCACCGCCAUCAUCAUCAUGUCGCACUGGACUUGAAUUAGAAAAGUGUUCGUACUUCGGUCCAUUUCUCAAGUUUUCCGUAUUAGCUGAAGAUACGACGAGAAUAGUGGACAAGUACUUUCCAGAUGCAAACAUAAGCGUGACCGACGUCAAGGUCGUAUCAGAUGGUCUGCAUUUGAGACUGGAAGCUAUCAGGGACCUCAUGUACAGCGUGCUGCAUAGUUUGUUGAAAUCAGCCGAUAGCAGGAUGGCAACAUUGAACUACAUGUCCGAUGUCUUGAGGUUGAAUAUUAAGAAGACGCAACUUAGUACAGACAACCAGAUGAGUUCAGACGGUUUCAUGCUAAACGUUCUUAGCAUAAUGCAGAAGCUAUCCAUCAAGAUAGACGUAUCUAAGAUAGAUACCAUGUAUCCGUAUCAUCCCGAUACUAGGAUGGUAAUUGGGGUAGAUGAUUCCAGGAUCAAUGCUUCUUAUCAGAGUGUCAAGAGCUGGAUUGAUUCUAUUGCACAUCCCUGGACCCCUCCUAACUUUUCGACGGAAUGUUUCUUCAUGACCGCACAGAUGCACCACCUAACUAUUCUGCCCAUGGUUAGGAAGCAACAGAGAUGUCAGAGAGCAGCCAGAGAAACGCAGAAUUUAGUUAACGAAUUGGAAAGAAUCGAGUCACAAUGGAAGAAUUCAGCAAAUGCUUACAGAAAUAUUAAAUUGCUCAAGAGAUGGAGAUCGCAAGUGGAGCGCCUAACAAAGAGUUCGCUGACGAUGUUGGUUGCAUUGUGCGAUCCACAGCUCGUGGACAGGGCCUUCUUGUUCUACAGCCUGCUGGCUAAAUAUCUGCUGGUCAUCGUCGGAGCUACAACACCAGACGGGAUCCAGCUCCUCCCACAGUCGAGCACGGCUCCGAUGUUGUUCGCAUCCCUACCGGACUACUUCAUCGAGGAUUUCGCAGACUUUUUCCUGUUCAUCGUUCAAAACAGUCCAAACCUUCUAGCGAAUAUCUGGCUUGAGGACAUAAUCACCUUAAUCAUCGUAAUCAUCUGCAAGUCUCAGUUCGUCUCGAAUCGCUAUUUAGUGGCGAAACUCGUCGAAAUCAUGUACAUCACUAAUCCGAAGGUACAUCCCUACGGCGGCCGAUUUAGUGAGCUGAUUGUCAAUCAUCAUAUGUCACUCGAUCAUCUAGUUCCGGCUCUCAUGAAGUUUUAUUCGGAUGUAGAGUCAACUGGAGCCAGCAGCGAGUUUUACGACAAGUUCUCCAUAAGGUACCAUCUCAGCAUCAUAUUCAAGUACCUCUGGGAAAAGCCCGUAUAUCAAGCUAAAGUCAUAGAAGAGGCCAGCGGGCCUCACUUUGUGAAAUUCGUGAACAUGCUGAUGAAUGACACAACCUACUUACUGGACGAGAGUAUGGAGACGUUGAAGAGAAUCCGCGAGCUUCAGGAUCUCAUGGACAACAAAUCACAGUGGGAUAAAUUGGGAUUGGAACAACAGCAGUCGAAACAAAAGUUGCUAGCCCAAGAGGAAAGGCAAUGCAAGUCCUACCUGACACUGGCCUCCGAAACUGUUGACAUGUUCCACUACCUCACUGAGAAGGUCCAGGAUCAGUUUCUUAUCCCACAACUGGCCGAUCGACUUGCCGCCAUGUUGAAUUUCAAUCUGCAACAACUCUGUGGGCCUAAGUGUAAUAAUUUGAAGGUUCGAAACCCUGAGAAAUACUCAUGGUACCCCAAAGUUCUUCUCAGUAAUUUGAUUGACAUCUACCUGCAUUUAGACAGAAGUUCACUUUUCCCAGAAGCCAUCGCCAAUGAUGAGAGAUCGUAUUCGAAAGAGUUAUUCGAUGAUGCCAUUUCCCGGAUGGUCAGGACGAACAUUAAAACCGAUACGGAAGUCGAACAGUUCGCUAAUCUGCAAGAGAAGGUUGAAGUUAUUGUGGUGGACAAGCAGAAGUUGGAAAUUGACUACGGAGACAUUCCAGACGAAUUCAGAGACCCUCUCAUGGACACCCUGAUGUUCGACCCAGUCCAGCUGCCAUCCGGAACGAUCAUGGAUAGGAAGGUGAUCCUGCGGCAUCUCCUCAACUCCCAAACUGACCCGUUUAACAGGCAGCCAUUGACGGAAGACCAACUCGUGUCACUACCCGAACUCAAAGCUCAAGUCAUGGAAUGGGCAAAAAGCAGAAGACAUGAGCAAAUGAAAAUGAAAGAAUAACAACAAUAAUAAUAAUAAUAAAGAAUAAUAAUGAUAACGAUGUUUGUUAUUCUUAUUAUUAUCUAUAGAUAUAUAAACCAGAAAAUUAUUUUUUUUAUAUCUAUGUUGUUGUUAUUUUUAUAUAAACAUAGUUUAUUAUUCUUAUUAUUAUUAUAAAUGAGAACAAUAAUAUUGAAAAUAAUUAUUAUUAUUAUUCAUAUUUGUAAUAAUGAUGAUGAUGAUGAUAAUUUUUUGGUAUAACAAUAUUUGGAAAUGUGAUCAGAAGACGUUUGGUGUUUAGGUGCUUAUGUAAAAAAGGCCAUUUUUCUAUCACAGGUAAGCGAACCAAGAUGGAUUGUUGUAAAAGUUUAGGUCGAAGUUGAGGCUGAUGGAACAUGCCCCUAAUUUGGAAAAGGGCCAUCAUGUAGAGUUAUCCAGGCUCACCCCCACUUUUUCGUGGGGGUGACCCUGGUUAACCAGCACCAUCUACUACAGCAACUAUCCGAGGAAGAACUCUUCCGUCAGCCUCAACUUCCUUAAAGUGUGUUGCGUCCACCUAUAAUGAUGAAUUUUUAUAAUAAACAGUUUUAAGGUUUA